UCUCUGUGUCGCUAACUUUCAGUGUUCCCUCUUUUCCAUUAAUUUCAUUAUAAAGAACAAAUUCACGUCAAGAGUUUCUUGAGCUUCUCAUAUCUGAAAAAAUGGCGAGCAACAUGGAAGUUUUCUGCGAGAUCUUAAUCGCGAUCCUUCUCCCGCCUCUUGGAGUCUGCCUCAAGCGUGGCUGUUGCACUGUAGAGUUCUUGAUUUGCUUGAUCUUGACAAUCUUGGGGUACAUCCCAGGCAUAAUAUAUGCGCUGUACGUGAUCGUGUUUCAGAAUCGUCAAGGGGAAUCUCACGAUUACAGUGCCCCACUCAACUCUGCUUGAUCUCUAUAUAUCUCUUGGUCCAUUCCUCGGAUUAUAUGUCCUUGGAACUGUUUACUUUUUUUUGUAAUCAACUCAAUAAUUUGCUUUGCAAUGUCAUCUGUUUAUUUUAAUUAUUAUGUAUUGAACAAUGCCAGUUGCAUUGAAUGAAUGAAUUCUCACUAUUGGCACCGAAAUGCAACACCGAAAUAUAUCUUUU